AUGCUCGCGCUCCGUGCAAUGCUAAGCUACUUUAAUUCGUGGGUCGGGUCGCUGUGGGAUGUUUCGCGCUUCAAGGCGCACGUCACCACGGGCGACCGACUGUACGCCGGCACCGAUUCGACCGUCUAUCUGCAGCUGGUGGACAAGACAGGGGCCCAGUCCGAGGCAUCAUGCCUGGACAAAAUUUUCGUCAACGACCACGAAAGAGGCGAGACCCACUCUUACGGGAUCAACGCCAAAGGGCUGCAGACUCCAAACGAGCUGGACCACAUAAUUGUUUGGAGACACUCGAGCAUCACUGGAGACGAUAGGUGGUUCCUUGACAGAAUUGAGAUUGAGGACAGGACACAAAAACACCGAUACAUCUUUCCGGUGCAGAGGUGGAUCGAGGUGGAGCGCCGCUAUUACUUGUAUGAAUUCGACGCAUUUUUGCCGCAAGACGACAGGCAACCAGACAAUCGGCGGCUAGAGUUGGACCGCAAGAGAGAACUUUACAAGUACAAGGAAACAAUUGAAAGGGGGCCAAGACAGAUCCAGGAGUUACCCGACGAUGAAAAGUUCUCGGAACGCUACAUGUUGGAUUUCUUGAAGCUGAAAGGAAAACUGAUUGCCAGGCAGUACCACCUGAAGUUCACCACCGAGGAAUGGGCAUCAUUAGAUGACGUGAAAAACAUCUACCACCCGGACAGCACGCUGCACCGCCCAGAGUGCACGGAAUAUUGGACUGAAGACUGGUGGUUCGGACUUCAGAGAGUGCAAGGAGUGAAUUCAGUGUUGGUCUCUCUCUGCAACGAAAUCCCAGCAAAGUUGGCCCUGGAGGUGGACAAGGUCGAGCCGUUUUUGGAAGGUUACACUCUGAAUGAUGCCCUGCAGAACAAAAAAUUGUUCAUCGUUGAUUUGGUUCUACUGAAUAGAGCACCAUGCAGAGGAGAAAUGCCAGUGAUGAUUGCGCCAAUUGGUUUAUUCUAUUUGAACAAAAAGGACGAGCUGAUGCCGAUCGCGAUUCAGCUGUUCCAAGAACCGUCUCCCACGAAUCCAGUGUACUAUCCCAGCGACUCCCGUCUCACUUGGAUCAUGGCCAAAAUGUUCUUUAACAUGGGCGACGCGCAACAACACCAGUCAUGCACGCACUUGGGCCUAACGCAUUUGUUGAUGGAGACAAUGUGCGUGGCCGCGCACAGGCAUCUGUCGCCAUCCCACCCGAUCUUCCGACUCCUGGCGCCCCACUAUCUAUACCUGCUGGCCAUCAACUCGCGCGGUUUAGAGAAGCUUAUUUCGCCCGGCGGAUGGGUCGACAGCGGAAUGAUUGUCGGCAGAGCCGGAAUGUUCAAGCUCAUCAGCAGGGGUUUCAGGCGUUGGCGCUUGGACGUCCACGGCGACGUGGAAAAGGAACUGGAGUCCCGGGGCGUGCUUGACCCCAAAGUCCUCCCUUACUACCCAUACAGAGAUGACGCAGUGCCACUGUUCAAAAUCAUUAAAAAUUACGUCAGAAAGGUGGUCACGCAUUACUACAGCACCCCUGAGAAAUUGGAAGGGGAUUACGAGGUUCAAGGCUGGGCGAAAGAAAUGGCUACCUCGCAGAUGGAGGGAGGACUGGGAAUCGGAGGAAUUCCCGAAAAACUGGAAAACAUCGACCAGCUAGUGCAAAUUUGCACAGCCGUCGUGGCUGCUUGCAGCAUGGGCCACGCAGGCGCCAACUUCCAGCAGUACGAUGCCUACGGAUUUGUGCCUAAUUACCCUGGCAUCCUGAUGAAGUUGCCACCGCAGACAAAGCGGGAAAUGACCGAAAAGGAUCUUCUCGAAUUUUUACCCAAUAAAAGCACAACCCUUGAUAUCAUGGUGAUAACCAAACUCUUGAGCAUGAAAGGAACAAAGAGCCUCGGAGACUUUGAGGUGCAGUACAUUUACGACCCUAGUGUGGUCCACAUUGCUGAGGAAUUUCGGCUGGAAUUGAAAAAGCUGUCGCACGAAAUAAAAGUUCGCAACAAGACAAGAAAGUUCAAAUACGAAUGGUUUGACCCUGACAUUGUUCCCAAUUCCAUCAGCAUUUAACCUAAAUUGACUUCCAAAACGAGUAUAUUCCACGAUCAUUUUUAUUUUAUUUCCCCGUCGGAGACAGAUAAUCAAAUAAGAAAUCCAAAUUUUAAUUAUUGAAUUACUAUCUCUAUAAUAUGUCAUUUAUUUUCUUUGAAUGCUUGUGAAACUUAUGCAUUUUUUCAGAUGAAAGUAGUGCACUCAUGAGACAAUAAUUUUUAUUAUUAUUACCAAAAAUAAAUCUUUGAUUUCAGAUUGUACUUAAUAAAUAUGAAAUGUGUAUCACUGAAAA